AUGGAUCCCACAACGACAUCUACUCUUCCGUCAGAUUUCCUCUGGGGGUUCGCAACGGCCAGUUACCAAAUCGAAGGGGCCGUGGAGGAAGAUGGACGGGGCCCGUCCAUCUGGGACACCUUCUGCAAGAUUCCUGGAAAAAUAGCAGGUGGUGUUACCGGGGACGUGGCUUGUGACUCGUAUCAUCGCACCCACGAGGACAUUGCCUUGCUGAAAGAAUGCGGUGCGAAUGCCUACCGCUUCUCAAUCCCAUGGUCUCGGAUUAUCCCUCUCGGUGGUCGAAACGAUCCUAUCAAUGAAAAAUGGUUGCAGCAUUAUAUCAAGUUUUAUCGGGAUCUUCCCGAUGAACUUGAGAAGCGGUAUGGCGGUCUUCCCAAUAAAGAUGAGUUUGUUGCGGACUUCGCCCACUAUGCCCGCAUCCCCCCCAAAGCGUUCGGUCCCAAAGUAAAACAUUGGAUCACCUUCAACGAAUCCUGGUGCAGCAGUGUCCUUGGGUACAACUUCAAGGCUACCGAUGGUGGUGAGAUCGGUAUCACUCUAAACGGUGACUGGGCCGAGCCAUGGGAUCCAGAAAACCCGACAGAUGUCGAAGCGUGUGACAGGAAGAUUGAAUUUGCCAUUUCCUGGUUCGCCGAGCCCAUCUACCACGGAAAAUACCCCGACAGCAUGGUCAAACAACUAGGGGACCGACUGCCCAAGUGGACACCAGAAGAUAUUGCCCUCGUACACAGAAGCAACGACUUCUAUGGGAUGAAUCACUACUGUGCCAACUUCAUCAAGGCGAAAACAGGCGAGCCCGACCCAAACGACACGGCGGGGAACUUGGAGAUUUUGUUACAAAACAAGAAUGGGGCGUUUAUCGGUCCAGAGACGCAAUCUCCCUGGCUUCGACCCAGUGCCAUUGGGUUCCGGAAGCUAUUGAAAUGGCUCAGCGAUCGAUACAGCCAUCCAAAGAUCUACGUGACCGAGAACGGCACGAGUCUGAAAGGAGAGAACGAUCUGCCCUUGGGUCAGCUGCUCAAGGACGAAUUCCGGACCAAAUAUUUUAGGGACUAUAUCGGGGCUAUGGCGGAUGCGUAUACAUUGGACGGUGUCAAUGUACGAGCUUACAUGGGCUGGAUAACUUUGAAUGGGCGGAAGGCUACAAGACCCGGUUUGGAGUGA